AACAAAUCUAUUCACAAAAUUCCAGAAAAGUGUAUCAAAAUUAAAUUGUUAACCUCAAAAAUUCAUACAUCAUGUCUCUGUCUUCGAAAAGCAUCCUGCGCGAAGGUUCUACCCAAUUGAACCAUAUAUGCGAGCUGGAUCUGAAGAGCCAAGCCUCACAUCGCCGUCUCAUAUCGCUUAUAGCGACCAUUUCCCGUAGUUCGCGUGAUCCCGAUAUCAUUUACAACAUGCUAAUGAAGGGCGUGAACAUAUUCCGAAUGAACUUUGCCCAUGAAUCGCACGAGGCGCACACACAGACCAUUGAGUUGGUCAAUGACGCCUUGGAACGGAUCAAAAAGGAAACGGGUCAGGUGCGAACGGCUGCAUUUGCUGUGGACACACGUGGGCCGCAGAUCCGGACGGGCAUCCUGGAUGUGGGCACUGAAAUGCUGAUGCGCCAGGGGGAUAAUAUACGCCUUUCGAUAAACCGGGAUCUGUAUGACAAGGGAAAUAAGGACGCGAUCUAUGUGGACUACCCGAACAUCAUUAACCUCACCAAGCCCGGAGACCGUGUGUUCAUCGAUGAUGGAAGGCUGUUCCUCAUUAUUCGAGAGGUGGGUGUGGACGGGCUCGUUUGCGAGGUCAUUCAAGGCGGAAUGCUGGGCAACAACUGCAACGUUAUCCUUCCGGAGAUCGAAAUAGACCUGCCAGCCGUAUCGGAAAAGGACAUGUACGACAUACAGUUCAGCAUGCAGGCCAAUGUCGACUUUCUGUUUGCCUCGGCCGUGCGAAGCGCCAAGAAUCUUAAGGAGCUGCGUGCCGUCCUGGGGGAGAAGGGAAAACAUAUUAAGAUAAUUGCCAAGAUAGACAGCAAGAUCGCUCUCAGUCGCUUCUCCGAAAUAGUUCGUGGAGCGGACGGUAUUCUCCUCUCGCGAGCCGAUCUGGGCACCCAGAUACCCAUCGAGAAGCUAUUCAUCACCCAGAAGAGUAUCCUCAGUCAAUGCAAUAAGAUGGGCAAGCCCUGCAUUCUGGCCUCGCACGUGCUGGAGUCGAUGCGUGUCAAUCCGUACCCCACUCGAGCCGAAUGCUUCGAUCUGGCCAACGCAGUCAUCGACGGUGCGGACUGCAUCAUGCUGUCCUCCGAGGUGGCCAUCGGUCCCUAUCCCACCGAGACCAUAUCAGUGUGCGAUGGGAUAUGCCGCGAGGCCGAGAAGGUUCUCUGGUAUCGUGACUUGUUUGCCGAUCUGGUGAGCGAGGUGCGUGGCGAGCUGGACGCCGCCCAUUCGUUGGCCAUUGCAGCAGUGGAAACGGCCAAGCGCACCAAUGCCACACUCAUCAUUGUCCUGACCACGUCGGGACGGUCUGCGGCGCUGGUCAGCAAGUUUCGGCCCCGCUGCCCCGUCAUGGCGGUGACGCGCUGCGAACGAGCUGCCCGCUGGGUGUAUCUCCAUCGGGGUGUCCUACCGGUCCUGUAUACAGCCGAGCCAGGCAGUGAGUAUGCCGCCGACGUGGAUGAGCGGGUCACAUUCGCCCUGACCUGCGCCAGAAAGGGGGAGAUGAUCAACGAUGGCGAUCCCAUUGUGAUUGUCAGUGCUUGGAAGAACGGCGGAGGCUUCACCAACAACGUGCGGGUUGUCUACGCAUUCUUCGAGGCCGACCGCAUCGACUGUCUCUUCAGAGCUGACCGACGCGCCUCCCGAAAAAAUACAGCCCUACAGGCAGAAAGCGCCCGAGAAGAAAAAAAAGUUGUCCACAUGUGAACACUCAUUAUGGAAGAACUAUUAUUUAAAACUACAAAUUAAGUGAGAUUUUCUACUACUAACUAUUAAUUAGAGGCGUUGUUAAAAUAGUUAAUAAGAGAGCG